AUGGCCACCAAGGAUAUCUGGACGCUGAUCUCCACCGUGGAGGACCCGGUCAAGAAGCCGCCGAAAGCAGGAGACGGGGCAGAAGCUGAUGCAGCACCAGAGAAGCCCGCGGUCGCUGCAGCACCAGAGGAGCGCGACACCUUCACGCUGAUCGUCGGACCGCGUGGAUCAGGCAAGACUUCGCUCACAGCCAACUUCCGGAACUCGUCCAAGGCCGAAGAGAUCAAGCCGACUACAGCGCUGGACUACGUCUUCGUUCGGCUGCGCACUGCCGGUCGACCAGCCGUCGCGCACAUGUGGGAGCUGGCCAGCACCAAGUGCGUCCACGAGAUGAUCAAGGUACCGCUCGGCCCGGAGCGUAUUCUGAACGGCGCGUUGGUGAUCGUGCUGGACCUUUCAGCGCCUGGAGACGUCGUCCCAGCGUUGGUCAAGUGGUUAACCACCCUCUACACAGUUGUGCAGGAAGUCUUGAAGGUCAAGGAGAAGAACCCGGUGGAGAAGUUCGCUGUGGAUGCGCUCAAGCAGGAAGCCAUGGCGCGUUACGGGUCUGCUCAUCCAGACAAGGACGAGGUGACGCCAUUGCCGCUGCCAGUGCUGGUUAUGGGGAAUAAGUACGAAACCUUUCGAGACGAGGACUCCAUCAAGCGUAAAGGGGUCACCCAAGCAGUACGGUAUCUCUCGCACAUGUACGGCGCCAGCGUGCUGUUCACGAGCAUGAAGGACAAGAACCUCGUCAACCAGUUCCGGUCGGUCAUGAAGGGCUUUGCCUUCCGUGCUAUGGCUCGAGGUACAAGCAAAGAGGUGGACCCAGCUAAGCCAUUGUUUGUUCCCGCUGGUGCUGAUCUCUUCGAGGAUAUCGGCAUCCCCAAGAGUGCAGGCUGGCGUCAGGACCGAUUCGGCAAGGACCAGCACGAGGAGAAGGCGCGGCAAUGGAUCAAGGUUGCGAGUGAAUAUUACCCUCCGUCGGCAGACGACCUGCUCACUUCAAAAGAGCAGAGCGAGCAAGACGACAAAGACGGCGAGGAGUCUCCCAACCAGUUCCCGGAGCCGAACAUCGAUCGCGCGAGGCAGCAGAAACGGGAGGAGCUGCGUCGGUACCGCGACAAUCAACGGAAGGCCCGGGAGCGCAAGUCCCGAGCUACUUGA